AUGCUCAAAGUGCAGCAUAAGGCUUUCCAAGGCCUAUUAGAUGUGGUGGUGGUUGGGGGUGAUCGUACGAGUCUAAUUGGACUCGAUUGGUUCGAGGCCCUGGGAAUCCAGGUAACUGGCCUACACAGCCUGCAAACUACAGGAAUUGCAGAAGUCUGCAGAGAGUUUGUGGAUGUGUUUAGUUCAGAGCUUGGUUCAUACAAGGGGCCUCCCAUUGCCCUGCGGUUAGACCCAAACAUCACACCGGUUAGGAUUAAGCCUAGGAGGGUGCCCUUCGCCCUCAAGGGCAAGAUUGAUGCUGAGCUGGACAAGCUGCUCCAGCAGGGCAUCUUGGAACCUGUGGACUCCAGUACAUAGGAAACCCCCAUUGUAAUGCCUUUAAAGGCUAAUGGGGAAGUCCGAAUUUGCGCGGACUAUAAAUGUACUUUGAAUACAGCUUUGCAACAGCAUGCAUAUCCUAAACCAGUAGUGAGUCAUAUUCUGGCCUCCCUCAAAGGGGGAAAGCUGUUUGCAAAGCUUGAUUUAGCACAGGCCUAGCAACAGCUACCUGUUGAUGAGGCAACUGCUGAGGCCCAAACAAUAGUGACCCAUAGGGGCGCUUUUAAGGUAAAAAGGUUACAAUUUGGGGUGAAUGUUGCUCCUGGCAUAUUUCAGAGAAUCAUGGAGCGCACGCUCAGGGGUAUUCCGGGGGUGUGCCCCUACUUCGAUGACAUCCUCAUCGCAGGGGAGUCAUCACAGAAUUUGGCUGAGAGGUUCCGGGCUGUGUUGCUGAGGUUCCGCCAAGCGGGCCUCAAAUUGAAAAAAGACAAAUGCAAAAUUGGAGUUACUUCCACAGAAUUUUUAGGCUUUAAAAUAGAUGCUCAAGGCAUCCACCCUGCAGAAUCCAAACUGAAGGCCAUUCGGGAGGCCCCAAGUCCCAAGUCUAAAAGUGAGCUUCAGGCUUUCUUGGGACUUCUCAACUUCUAUCAUGCUUUUCUUCCCCAUAAGUCUGUCCAGGACAGGAGUUUUAAAGAGGUCAAGGCCUUGCUCUUAUCAAAUGCUGUAUUAACACAUUUUAACGAGCAACUGCCUGUGUGCAUCGCUUGUGAUGCAUCCCCUUAUGGGGUGGGUGCAGUACUCAGUCACCUGAAGGCUGAUGGGACACAAGUCCCUGUGGCUUACUACUCAAGGACUCUGUCAUCUGCAGAGUGGAAUUACGCUCAGAUUGACAGAGAAGCCUUGACCAUAGUGGCUGGCAUAAAGAAAUUCCAUGAUAUCUUAUAUGGCUGCCACUUCAUGGUCUAUACAGAGCACAAGCCUUUGCUGGGGUUGUUUACAAUGACCAAACAAACCCCACACAUCAUAUCCCCACGUAUGCUGAGGUGGUCCAUUUUCCUGUCAGCAUAUGACUACACGCUCAUUCACAAACCUGGGAAAGAAAUGGGCCAUGCCGAUGGCCUCAGAUGGCCUGACACAUGUCCAGAUGCUGCGUUUCAAAGCUUCUGGCUAAGGAGGCACGAACUGUCUACAUUUAAUGGGUGCCUGUUAUGGGGUAGUAGAGUAGUUAUCCCAGCCUCACUGAGGUCUAGAGUCUUGUUAUCUCUGCAUGAGGGACAUCCGGGCAUUGUGCACAUGAAAGCGCUUGCACGCAGCCAUCUUUGGUGGCCUGGGCUUGAUAAAGCUAUCGAGGCCCAGGUGCACGGGUGCCAGGUGUGCCAACAGUCAUGGCCUGAAAUGCCUCAGGCCCCUGUACACAGGUGGGAGGAGACACAAACCCCUUGGUCAAGGGUACAUUUAGAUUAUGCUGGGCCCUUUCAGGGGCAAUUCUUCCUUAUCCUGGUGGAUAGCCAUUCCAAGUGGCUAGAGGUUGUACCUGUCUCCUCCACUACUACUGCUAGGACCAUCCAGGUGUUGAGAGGAAUCUUUGCUACCCAUGGACUUCCUGAUGUCCUCGUCUCUGACAAUGGCCCCCAGUUUACUUCUCUUGAGUUCCAGGCUUUCCUACAGGCCAACUUGAUCUGGCAUGCAAUGUCAGCUCCUUUCCACCCUUCCACCAACGGGCAAGCUGAACGGAUGGGGGCAGUGCCGAUGUCUGGUGGGCUUCUCAUGAAGGCCGCAAAUGAACGACACGACACAAGGACUUCUCGUGAUGAGAGCCUAGAGCAUGUCUGGGAUGAGUCGCCCAGAGCUGACUCCAAAACCCCCUUUUAUUGUGUUUGGGAUAAAAUGGGUGGUUACAGAAGGUGCGUCUGCAAGGCUUAA